AUGGCGGCCGGAUUCUCGCGUGCGGACGAGCAAGUGCCGGAAUGGUACACAGAGGAUCUGGUUCGCCGCGCGAAUCAGAGUGCUAUACGUACGCGCAAUGACCUCCCCGGAAAUAUGCUCAAGUACUGGAACGCACGGCACGAUCUUUUCUCUCAGUUCUCGGAAGGGAUUCUUCUGGACGAAGAGUCGUGGUUCUCUGUUACGCCUGAGGCAGUAGCUUAUCGCAUCGCCGUUCAGUGUGCCAGUGAUGUGGUCCUGGAUGCAUUUUGCGGUGCUGGCGGCAACGCAAUUCAGUUUGCGAUGACAUGCAAGCGCGUCAUUGCUAUUGAUAUUGACCCGGUGAAGCUGGCCAUGGCGCACCAUAAUGCCUCGAUCUAUGGUGUCGAGGACCGCAUUACGUUCCUUUGCGGUGACUUUUGCGCGUUUGCCGAGGCACAUGCCAGCGGUGUCGAUGCAGACGGCUGCUGGCAGGGCUGGCACCGAGAAGCCAUCGACGUCGUUUUUUUGUCGCCUCCGUGGGGCGGUGUCGACUACCUAAAUCCCGACCUCCUUACUCCCGAAAAAGCACUCAAAGUAAACACGUCUUCCUACACGGACCUAUACCCCCUACGCGAGCUGCGUCCUGUCGGCGGCCAAAAGCUCUUCCAACUCGCCUACGGCAUCUGCGACAAAAUCGUCCUGUACCUGCCGCGCAAUGUCAAUCUCGACGAAGUGGCGCGGCUCGCCCAACUCGUGCCCGACACGCCGCUCGCGAUCCACGCAGAAGAGCUUUGGCUGGGCUACAAGUUCAAGGCCCUCGCCGUGUUCCUGAGCCAUAGCGCCGCGCCUCCCUGA